CAGAGCACAAAUUCUUCUGUAUUUUAAUAUCCAGUUUCAUCUAUAAGGAUUAAGAGAAAAAUGCUGUUGCAGAUCGUCAGCGUUGCCAUUGGCUUAUUUUGUGCAGUAAAUAGCUAUGUAAUCAGCCCAACUGGAUCUGAAUGCUUUAGUGGAAGUAUGGGAGAAUCUGGAGGAAGUAUGAGUGAUUAUGAAGGAGGCAUGAGCGGAACGGGAGGUUACAGAGGAAAAGCAGGAAGUUAUGGAUAUGGAGGAGAAAUGUCUAAGCCUAAACCAUACAGCUUCAACUACCAAGCCAAUGGCAUGGGUGCAAACAGUUUUAGAACUGAACAGGGAGAUUCAAGCGGGAAUGUUCAAGGAUCCUAUGGAUACACUGAUGCUCAAGGAUUGUACAGACAAGUACAGUACACGGCCGGCGCAGAUGGAUUCCGAGCUUCAGUGAAGACCAAUGAACCAGGUACAGACAGUAAACCAGAAAGUCCAGCUGAUGUGAGAAUGAUGGCCGAACCAGCACCCGCAGGAAUACGAGAAAAAUACACUAGACGAGCUGAAUCUUUUACUUAUGAAGGAAACGUAGGUGAACUGAGACAACAUGGGGGAAGGGGAAGUGGUGAUCUAGGAGGUGAAAUUGGAGUAUAUGGUGGAAUCGGUGAAGGACUGGGUGGACAUGGUGGCAUAGGAGGAGUUGUUGGUGACUCAUUCAGUCUACCAGCAGGAAUCAGUCUCAGUGGAUUAGGAAAAACUGGAUCAGCAGAUCAGAGUGGAAAUGUUGGUGAAAUGAGAGGGUAUGGUGAAAUGGGUGAUCUGAGAAGUGGAAUGGGAAGCUAUGGUGGAAUCGGAGAAGGAAUGAGUGAUGGACACGGGAUAGCAGACGGUGGGUCAUCCAGUCUAUCCGCAGGAAUUAGUCUCACUGGAUCAGAAAAAACUGGAUCCAGAGAUCAGGGAGGAAUUGUUGGUGAACUGAGAGGACUUGGAAUCAGUAAACUGGUGGAAUAUAGUGGUCUAGGAGGUGGAAUUAGGGGAAGCGGAAUGGAUCAGCAUGGUAACAUGGGAGUGGUUGGAGACGGCUCAUCCAGUCUAUUCACAGGAAUGAGUCGCAGUGGAUCAGAAAAAACUGGAGCUCGAGGAUAUGGAGGAAACGUUUAUAGAAUAAGAGAGCAUGGUGGCACUGGAAUAGAUGAAUAUGGUGGUCUGGAAGAUGGAAUUCGGGGAAAUAGUGGAAUAGGAUUACGAAUGGGUAGACAUGGUGACAUGGGAGGAAUUAGUGGUGACUCAUCCAGUCUAUUCGCAGAAAUCAGUCGCAGUGAAUCAGGAAAAAGUAUUCUCUGAUGUGUACAAUAUUUGCAUAUUUAAUUAAUAUCGUUAUUCAUAUUCCUCUUAUUUAAUCCUCUUUAGCUACUUUCAUUUAGAUAAUGUGAGAUGAUUAUAUGCUAAUAAAAUUAAUAAGAUUGGAAUGUAAAAUUAAUUUAGA